UCUCUCAAAGAAAAUAAGACAACCCUAACAAAGAAAAACCGUAUUUUUUUUAAUGGAUAAUACUCAAAAUUGUUCAUCUAUUAGUUGUGAAAUACAAAUCAUAAGAGGAAGAAACAUAGAGCAAAGCUUUUUAGGAAAAAGCAACCUGUUUGUUAGAUGCUAUCUUCCAGCAGGAAACAACCAAAGAAUUCAGCUAAACAGCCAAGAAAUUUCAUCAUCAAAAUCCGACAACUUUUUUUGGGAUGAAUCUUUCUCAUUGGAUUGCAUGGGAACUCAAGAAUCCAUUAACAUGCUGAAGCAAGGAACAGUCGUUUUCGAGCUCCGAUCAAGAAAAUAUAUUCCAGUUUUGGGGGAAAAUAUUGGUGGAUCACAAGUGUUGGGGAGAGCUGAAAUUCCAUGGAAAAGAGUGUUUGAGUCAACAGAAAUGGAGAUUGAGGAAUGGGCAAUAUUCAUGGCUACUACUUCAAAGAAUAAUAAGCGUUUGCAUAAUGAAGAUGUGAAACCUCCAGCAAUUAAAAUAGCAAUGAAGGUUAAAGUAAAAGAGGCAUUUAAAGUUACUAAUAAAAAUGAGAAGUUGAGAAGAUCAUGGGAUGAGUCAUGUGCAUGCAAGGGUUACUGUGGGUGCAAUGGUAGUAGUAUUUUCAGUGCUGAUGAUUAUGAAAUUUUUGCACUUGGAGCUGCUUUAGAUGCCCUUUAAUUUAAGGUGAUAGGCUAAUUUUAAUUUGUACUAGUGGUUUUAGGUUUUACAGUUUCUAGAAAUUUUAUGCCUCUGAUAGAAUACAAGCUUUUGAAAAAAAUCUUUUCAGAGAAAUUGUUC